AUGUUAGAAAGGCCUAAACGUUUACAUAUACCUGAACAAGCUUUACAAUUAACUGACUGGAAUGGUCAAUGUCUCCAGAAGGCUGCUCUUGGCUUACUUUGUCCAGGUUGUUUUGUUCGAUGUAUUGUUAGCAACUUAAACGAUGGAUGGGAAGCAAUUUAUUUUAAAAUAAUUAAAAUAAAAGAUGGUACAUAUUGGGGUGAAACACAGCCAACGUAUCGAACGCAUAUAGUAGAAGGUGAUCUAGAAAAUGGAAAAAUAUUUACAUUUCGUUCAAAACAUAUAAUGGAAGUGCCUAUUAGUUGGCAACCAAAAUCCUUACAAAGAAGAAUGAUAAAAUAUCUGAUACCAGAAUGA